AUGUUUGAUAGAUUAGUAAAUCAUUUUAAGAAGUUAAAUGAUGCGACAGUAGAAUUAGAGUACAAGAUUCCAGUAGAUGAAGUAAUCAAUAGUUUGAGAGGAUGUAAAUAUUUUAGUAUCGGAGAUGUAGUCAAAGGUUACUUUCAAGUGAAGAUGGAUUCAGAGUCAAGGAAGCUGUAUACAGCAUUCAAGACCCGUAAAGGUAUUUACUGGUAUUUACUUUUUGAAGAAGCAUUCAGAUCAUUUCAAUCUCUUGUAUUUGAAAGAUCAAGCAAUCUUGACGAAGGAUCAGCUCAAGGCAUAGGAAGUGUUAUCGCAAUUCAACUAUGA